AUGACUCUGACCCCGAUCCAGAACCGCCGGUUUAAGCAGUCGCUUUCCUGGCCUCAGGGCAUCGGGGAAAAAGGUCCGGAAACAAGCGGUCGUUAAGAAAUGGGAAGAGCACUUAGGCGCGAAAGUCCGUAAAAAAGGUAACAAAUCCCCACUUGCAAAGACAAAUGCCUCAGGGGUUUGAGAUGGGGCUUGCUCACUCAACCUCACUCAACAAGUGGGCCAGUCACAACAAACCACAAUCUCAGCAGGCGUUAAGUACAAGUGUUUUUGUUAGGAAUAACACUAAAAAUCCGCUUUUUCCUUUCAAAAAAGACCCUCACCAGCGAUGUCGUAUGCUAAUUCAGACGAUAUAAUACUAGCGGAAUCCCGGAAAGUCCCUCAAGACGGCGCUGAAUAAAAACGCGCGGACAAAACAAGUCUCGUUAUGGCCGCGGCGGCCGAACAAGAAUAUGUGCGGGUGUCCGAAACGUAAUUAGACGACACAUCCAUCAUGGGAUGGGGUUCUAUAAAAAAAGAUUAAAUUGACAGAAAAAACAAAUGCAUUCAUAAGCGGCGGUCUCUUCUUCCUCUUCCGUUAAUCCAUGAAUAACAUACGAAUCAUCAACCAUCUAUCUCUCUCCCUCCCCUCUGGGGUCCAUUCACGCGAAAGGGGGAACAAAACGGUCAGCAGUCAAGUUUAGUUUUCAGCCAGCGGUCAGUCCGACUCCACCGAUGCCUCGGGCGAAACUGGUUCGGGCGCCUCUGGAGCGACCUCACCUGGCCCCGCUUCGGACAGCACGGACUCGUCUGGGGCCUCGGGUACGGAUGCCUCAGGAGAUUCAAGUGGAUCAACCUUGGCUGCCGGUAAGUUUAAUUACUGCGGCAUUGGUACGGUAUCCAUUGUACUCAAUGACAACAGGAGUAAUAUUAUUAUACUUUUUUUUAAUAAAAAAUAUCUGAUGUCUACUUACAAUAAAAUUUAUUUUCAGACAAUUCUGGUUCUGGAUCCGGCCUUGAAACCACUGCUUCUUCUGGAUCUGGCUUGGCCACAACUGAAGCUCCUGAUGAAUCGACCGGAAAAGUAACUGGCUACACAGAAUCCCCAACAGACUCUUCUGGAUCUGGCAACGAUGUUACAGAAGGAAGCGGUUCCGGCGCUGUUACUGAGUCUUCAAGUGGAGAAAGCUCGGCAACUGAAAGUAGUGGAUCUGGAGAAGUUACCGAAAGCAGCGGUGAAGUUACAGAGGCCAGUGGGUCACCAUCUAUUACUGAAGCCGUGACAGAAGCCAGUGGAGAAGUCAAUGUUACUGAAGCCUCAAGCGGAGAAGGAUCAGCAACAGAGAGCAGCGGAGAGGUCACAGAGUCCAGUGGAGACGUUACAGAAUCAUCAGGAGCAAUCACAGAAUCUCCGGGAAAGGUUACCGAAGCCAGUGAAACGGUCACAGAGUCCUCCGGUGAAGGCAUCGAGACAACUUUGGCCUCAAGUGGACCUGAAUCUGGAACGGAACUAACAGACCCUUCAGAAGUCACGUCCAACAAUGAUUACCCAGAAACCACUCAACUUGCAGGUGAACCGACAACGGAUGGAUUCGGAGAUUAUUCAGUCACUGUCCCAGAUGUCACAACUCGAAGACAGCCUACUUUCAAAUGGACUUACAAACCAACAACGAAGAAGGUUGUCAACAGAACUACUGCUCCUUACAUUCCAACUAAGACAACCACCAAGCUUCAUGAUUACGGUAACUAUGAUUACACUCCAACCGAAUCAGAAACGGGCAAAGUCACGGAUGCAGAGCUCACAAUGUCCACUCACAGCGAUUAUCAAGUAACGGAUGCCGAAGUUUCAAUUACAACUGGAGGAUUCCCGGUGACCGAAGGAUCGGCUGAUAUAACAACAGGAAAUUAUGAAUAUACCGAUGGAAAUGGGUUGACAGAAGCUACGGAUCUCGCUGCAAGUACUGUAGAAUACCCCGAACUGACUACCGUGAACGAAGAGAUAACUGAUUUCAGUGAAGCUACAGAGGGACUAACCAACGGAGCGAGUCAGGGAUUGACGAAUGGAGUAACUAAGAGCGAGACAAAUGGAAUUACAGAAGGAAGUGGAGGGGUUACAGAGGCUGGCUUUACCGGAGAUUAUCCUGAACUGACUACUGGACGUCCAGAAGAAGUUACAGAACCGGAUGAAGAGUUCACAACUUCAGGAGACGAAGAUGACAGUGAUGAGUAUUGUAAGUUUACGCAACAUUUGGAUGAAACGAUCUUAACAUUGUUUACAUGUUCAUUUCAGCUGAUGAAUGUCCACACGGUUACCGCGAAGAGACUCAGAAUGUCCUGGCCAGCUCGAUUACCGCAGGUUCGGCCGCAGGGUAUGUGAAUUACGACUCGGAUUGCCGCAAUCUGUGCAACAAGGCCAGGACGGACAGUUGUGUUGGGUUCAUGUUCGAGCCCGAAAGUAACGGGAAAUGCACUCUGUUUGCAUUCAAGUUCAACGGAUUCAGAGUUAAUAACAACACAUUUGCAUCGCUGUGGUUCAAGUGUUAA